AUGUCGACAACCGAGCUUCUGGUGGGCCAAAUGGCAGGUCCGAGUUCAGAUGCCAACGACCCGCUGCUUCUCAACGCCAACGCUGGCUCGUUUAUAGAUUUCGACCACGAGGUUUCAAAAACAAUGUAUCCCGAUCCGCCUCAGGGACCCCCCGAUCAUUACGUGGCAAUGGGCGCCGACAUGUUUGCAAUGCACGACUACUCUCUACCGGACUUCAAUGCCGCGCUCAACGCAACCGCAAGCAUGCCCGACAUGGUGGACAGUGACACGAUAUCAUCAACCCUCCUGUCGCCCGACAGCCAACCAAAAGAACACGCGAAAAAGGUAAACGAGAGAAAAUACAAGAGUAGAAAGACGACCAAGCAGAAGGCGUCCGUGGACUCGUCGGCCGAGAAGCCGGACAAGUCCCCGCCCAAAACAAGACGUCAACCAAAGCGUGAGGCGGCAGCCAAAACGGUCAAGACGAAAGAACCGACUCCGAGACCGAGCCGACGGGAGCGGUCCUUGGAACGAAACAGAGUAGCGGCUUCCAAAUGCCGCAAACGAAAGAAGGCGUGGACCGAAAAACUCGAGGAGAAGAAGUCGGGUUUGGAGGCGAUGCACAACGAGCUUCAGGCCAGAUAUUUCAGCCUCCUUCAGGAGUCGUCGCAGCUGAAGAAUCACCUCAUAAGCCACGCUGGAUGCCACGACCCCAACAUCGACGUCUGGAUCAACAACGAGGCUUCCAAAUACGUUCGCAGGCUGAGUGGCGAAGCUCCGCAACGGCCGGCAAGCAUGCGGUCUCUACCAAGCCUAGACAACUCUCUAUGGAACUCAUCCACAAACAGCCAGUACACCAUGGGAUCCGAAAACACGCCGACACCCGAGGAUGGUGAAGAUUCCAACAGCGAGGUUUUGGUCGACGAUCAUGAUUUUGACAACGAGCUCGACGACAAACUGUUCUGA